ACGGUGAAGAGCGAUCACGGUCUGUUUUGCUGCAGAACAACACGGUUUUGGUAGCUACGGUAGCUACAGUUACAUUUUUUGCAGAAAAAAUGAAAUCCGACCAAAUGACGGAUGUGAGGUCAAAGGGUGAGAAGCAAUCCAGUAGCUAUAUGACCUUAGGGAAUGAUCUUCCGAAUCAAUACAAAUGUGUGAUUUGUGACCAACAUUUCGCCAACAAGAGCGAUCUUCAGAAGCACUUUUCAUUGCAUGAAGUCGAGUGGCCUUUUAAUUGCAACAUUUGCGAGAGAAGAUUUCAAUUCAAAAGAAACCUAACGAUGCAUAUGGCUGUCCAUACUGGGAAAAAGUCGUUCACCUGUGAUGUAUGUGGCAAAGGAUUUCGUGACAGCCAUCAAUUGAAGAUCCAUCAGAACAUUCAUACCGGUGAACGAUUGUUUAAUUGCACUGAGUGCGGAAAAGAUUUUUUCUUCAAAACGAGUCUUAACCGACAUAUGAAUCUUCAUAGUGGCGAGCGUUUGUUCAAAUGCACUGUAUGCGAAAAAGACUUUCGUACCAAAGCGAUACUUGACCGACACAUGCAGUUUCACACAGAUGGUCGUCCGCACAAUGUAUGCACUAUAUGCGGUAAAAGCUUUGCAUCUAAGGCUGAACUAGGCGUACACAUGGCCGUACACACGGGUGAUUAUAAGCAUAAGUGUGAUGUGUGCGGCAAAGGAUUCGUACAAAAAUCGCAUUUGAAAGACCAUAAAAACAUUCAUACGGGAGCGCGACCGUAUAAAUGCAGUGUAUGCGGCAAAGAUUUCUCCACCAAAACUAUCCUAACCAAUCACAAAUCACUUCACACGGGUGUUCGACACCAAUGUGAAGUGUGCGGCAAAGAAUACGCUAGAAAAACUUACUUGAAAUUGCACAAACGCAUUCAUACAUCUGAUCAGUCGAUCGAUUCGUUACCAAUCGAAUCAACAGACCAUGAAAGCGUAAUUCCGGACAAACAGAAAAAUAUAACAAACGAAUCCACAAAACUUGAUGUCAAUGACAAGGUAAAUAAACAAGCCAAAACCAAUGGCAACGGCGACGCAUUUGAUUUACAACCAAAUUCAUACGAUUCUGCUAGCUGCAAUGAAGUGAAUCGAAGUGAAAUGAUAUCCCAUCGUAUACAGGAUGUUAUACCGAACAAGAAGCAACCAUCAACUAACUCAGUAACAUCUUUCACACAGGAAACCAAUUUUUCAAAUCAAUUCAAAUGCCAGACUUGUGAUGAACAAUUUUCUGAUGAUGAUUGUCUACAUAAGCACGUUUUAUUGCAUGAGAAAAAGAUAUUUAGUUGUGAUAUUUGCAGAAAUAAUUAUUCUUCUAAGUCAAAUUUAAGGAGACAUAUGAUCGGCCAUGCUGCAAACCAGCCGUUUGCGUGUGAUGUAUGCGGCAAAGGAUUUCGUGACAACCAAGCAUUGAAGUUCCACAACAAUAUGCACACCGGAGAGCGGCCGUACAAAUGCACUGUUUGCGACAAAGAUUUCCACUCUCAAACGAAUCUUGUCCAACACAUGCACCUUCACGGAGGAACGUACAAAUGCACGGUAUGUGGCAAAACGUUUACCUCUAACGCUCAACUAAACAGACACGUGCCUGCACACACUGGUUCUUAUAAGUAUACUUGUGAUGUGUGCGGUAAAGGAUUCGCAUCGCGAUGGGUUUUGGAAGACCACAAAAACAUUCAUACAGGAAAGCGUCCGUAUGAAUGCAGUUUAUGCGAAAAAGAUUUUACCACUAAACGUGUCCUAAUCAAACACGUGUCAAUUUGUACGGGUAGGCGACAUAAGUGUGAAGUCUGUGGCAAUGAAUACAGAACGAAAUUCAACUUGAAAUUGCACAAACGCAUUCAUACAACUACGACUGUAACGUAGAAAGGCCAGCCGUAUAAUUCAUUCAAGUUAAUUAGUUAUAAUUUUAUUUAACCCCGGUUUUUACCUUUACGGUCUUUUACCGGGGGGUUAAGUGUUUAAUACAUUUAUGUUUCUA